GGUGUGAAGGCUGAGGAAGAAAGCAUUUAUCUGUGCCACUCCGGGCUCACUCACUUGAGACUUAACACAAUUCUCAUGGAGAGGCCGGCAGAGACCAACGCCAAUGUGGACGACUCGGCGCCCCCCUCGGUGGCCCAGCUGGCCGGGCGAUUCAGGGAGCAGGCAGCCGCCGCAAAGGAGACACCAGCCAGUAAACCAACGAGAAGGAAACCGCCCUGCUCCCUCUCUCUGUUCCCUCCCAGGGUAGAGCUGGGCCAGAACGGUGAAGAGAAGUCACCGCCCAAUGCAAACCACCCUCCUAAAGUCAAGGUGAAGAGCUCGCCUCUGAUUGAGAAGCUCCAGGCCAAUUUAGUCUUUGAUCCAGCGGCCCUGCUGCCUGGGGCCUCACCCAAGAGUCCUGGACUCAAGGCCAUGGUGUCACCGUUUCACAGCCCGCCUUCUACCCCCAGCAGCCCUGGCGUGCGGUCUCGGGCCAGCGAGCCAGAGGAGGUGCCCGUCAGCUUUGACCAGCCUCCUGAAGGCAGUCAUCUGCCCUCUUACAAUAAGGUGCGGACAAGGGGCUCCAUAAAAAGGCGCCCUCCCUCCAGGCGAUUCCGAAGGUCCCAGUCGGAGGACUGUGCGGACCUGGGGGAGCUCAGGGCCGUGGAGUCCUCCCAGGAGAAUGGUGCCAAGGAAGAGAAUGGGGACGAGGUGUUCCUAGCUAAGAGCAAGACCCCAGGAUCCCCUCCUCUGAGGAGGACGCCCAGCAGGACAGAGAAGCAGGAGGAGAAGGGCAGGGCCUUGAGGGUAGCCCAGCAGCACGAAAAGGCCGUGGGGAGCUCCGAGGAGGGGGCCAGCCAGCGUCCAGCCCGAGCCUCCAGCCCAGAGGCAGAGGACGGGGGUGGGAGCCCCACGGAGGAGAAACCGGCUGAGGAGCAGACGCCAGAGCCUGCGGAGGUGAAGGAGAGGGCGGCCGGUGAAGAGGCGGAGCCCGGACAAAGGAGCCGAGAUACAAAGGGGCUGGAGGAGGGAGCUGUGGGGGACGAGACCCCCCAAAACCCCCCUGGAGGAAGCGAGGGCGACCACAGUCCUGAGCAGGGGGCUGGCAAGGAAAAACACGAUGAGGGGACCAUCCUCGAGCCAGGCUGUGACCCUGGCACUGGCCACGCCCAGCCGGACGCCAGCAGUGAGGUCCCCAAGACGGAGGAUAAUACCCCUGUCCAGGACACUAAAAUGUGAAGAAGAUCUCACUGUGCCUAGUGAUGAAGCUGCUGGAGCCGUGUCCUUGAAGUAGCAGAAAUGAUCGUAGCGGCAGCAAAGGAAGCCAUCGCAGGAGCAGGAUGGGCUGAGGGUCUGGAGUCAGCCUGAGGACACAGGGUGCAAUUUCCCAACCUCCGCACCAUCAUAGACAGAGAUUGGAUCUGAGGGCAGCAGACUUUUAUCAACUUGAUCAAAGUUGUGUCACUUGAUGAACUUGGUUUAAAAAAAAAACAUUUAAAACAAUUUACUGUGGUGACAACUCCCCAGGGAUGCUGGUCAAACUAUGGGGCCCAUAUACUGUCCACACCCACCUAACCCUAUAGCUGACCUCAGAACUGGACUGGGAUAUACCUAUUCGGCUUGUGUUUGUGUAAGGUGACAGCCUUUUUAUUGUUCUUAAGUUUUCAUGAUUCUCAAGUGUAAGUAAAAACUCAUUGCAAGUAGCUAGAAACAAAGUAGUAUCACUGGAAAUAUAAAUCCUGUAAGUUACAGAAGACCUUAAAUUGUAUGGAGACCCUGAGACAACCUUUCAGCUUGGUCCAAAUUUGACUGGCCAACCAAUUUUGAAAACAUUGGACGAGAAGAGAUAAUUAUUGAAACAUUAAAAAAUAUGUGUCUGUUCCAGCAACAGGAGCUUUUCCAUCAGGUAAUUCUCUAGCUGGUGAUACACUGGGAGGCGGCCAGCUCAGCUCACCUGCUUCUGCCAGGGGGAGAGCAGGCAGAGGCAGGCAGCAACUCCUUUGGAGAGGCAGGAUGUCUCUGUGCUGCAUUUCCUCAUCCUGAAAGCAGAGCGGUGACCCCUGGACAAUGCCUGCCCUCUGGUUUAUCCUGGGAGGAUGAAAUUUGUGCUUCCAGAGGGGGAGCCUCGAGCAUGGAUUAGACAUCUCCUGGGAAGUGGUUUGAGCAUCGUGAUGUGCAAGCUACAUAAUGAGAACAUCCUUCCUGGCUUCCCUGACUUGAAUGGAAACCCAGGCUCUCCUCCCCGACUCAGGAGGGGUGGGGUGGGUCUUCUGUCUGUUCCUCCUGGGUAGCUCUUGCUUUAUCGGUCUGUUUGGAGAGUGCAUGCGGCUUCGCCGGGGACAGGGGGCCUGACGACCCCUUCCUUGACAUAUCCUCUCCCCUCUUCCCACACUCCUGCUGAAAGAUGCUCAUCCAAAUAAAUGUUUAAUCUUAAGGGUUGGCCCUUAUUCAGAUUUGAGUAUUUCAGUAUCUCAACAUGCUGAUUUGGUAGUUGGAGCAGUCGUUUUUUCUGGAGGUCUCUUAGACCACACUCUACUCUGACUUCAGAAAGUAGUUUCCGAGACUAAAAGGCCUUAUCUCACUGCUGGUACCUCAGUUUAUCACCCCAUUUACAGUUGUUCUAACUCCAGGAUAGUGUUAAUAUUGGGGAUAUAUAUUUUUUCAAAAACUAUUUUUAAAUCAAAUGCAGCUUCUAAGCCUUAUAAUCUAGUGAAGACUGAUACCAUAAUAAGCUUUGUAUUUUAGCAGAGUUUGGGAGGUAUGUGUGUCAGUUAUUUUGAGAUCUGUAUAAUAUCUAUCAUCUAUCUAAUCUAUCAUCUAUCUGUCUAUUGACAGAGAUGUAUACCCCCUAAACAAUACAUGGAUUUAUUUA